UGUAAAUGUCACAAUAAGAAACCUCAUCUAGUUUUCGGGUAGUUCAUUUCAGUCCCAAUCUGAACAGCAACAAAAACGAAUAUUUCGGAAAAAUAUUAAAAGUAGCAAGUUCUCUUUUUAAAAGCUUUAAUUCAAAAUGAAUAACAUUACCUUUCGCGAGUUCAGUCCAGAGGCCUAUGUAAGGUCCCUCAAUCUUUAUAGAACUAAUGACAUGCAGACUUGGAGUCGCAAUCCUCCAUAUGCUCCUUUCUUUGGAGCCAUGGGUGUGGCGUGUGCCAUGGUGUUUACUUCGAUCGGAGCUGCUUAUGGAACCGCUGUCUCUGGAACCGGAAUCGCUGCGACGGCCGUAAUGCGUCCGGAACUGGUGAUGAAGUCAAUUAUUCCCGUGGUUAUGGCCGGUAUAGUGGCCAUUUACGGAUUGGUGGUUUCUGUGUUGCUGUCGGGCGAACUGGAUUCGGCUAGGACAUAUUCAUUGGCCAAGGGAUAUGUCCAUCUUGGUGCUGGACUGGCUGUAGGAUUUUCUGGACUGGCUGCCGGAUAUGCCGUAGGGGAGGUAGGCGAAGUUGGCGUGCGCCACAUUGCCCUGCAGCCCCGCCUCUUCAUUGGAAUGAUACUGGUCCUUAUUUUCGCUGAGGUAUUGGGACUUUAUGGGCUAAUUAUUGGAAUAUAUCUCUACACAGUGGAUGUUAAAUAAAUAUAAAUGAUUAUAAUACAAUUAA